AUGAUCCCGCCUUAUGGCGCGAGAUACGGUCCAAUGAUGCCUAUGGAAGACUAUUAUGAUCAGAUGAUCGCAAGUCCAAUGGGAGCAAAUCGAAUGAUGGGCCCGAUGGGAGGCUCGGCCUACGGUGGAACACAGUAUGCACAAGCAAUGUCGUCGUUAAUGUCAUACAUAAACGAUAAGGACAAUUUCCAGGCAAGUGUAAUAUAAUUAAUCUUCUGGUUGUCGCCGAAAUUCGUAUCUAUCCCAACGAUUUUCAGCCUCAAGGUUGUGGAUGGGAUGGAGUCAGGAAUCGAUGUACGGAUGGGCUCAAUAUUUGCAAGGGAGGCUGCCGAGACUUCUCCAAUGAUAUUACACAUGAUUGCAGAUGCAUUCCCUUCGGAUAUAUGGCUUUGAUGAGUCUUGGAAGGAAGUAA